GCUUGUCGCUCAGUCUAUUAUCAGUCCUAGCAAACAGAAAAACAACUGCUUCAUUAUCCGCAAAUAGACUCUAGUCUAGUUGUAUUGUAAAAAUAUAUUUGGCGAGCUGGCACUGCUGUACCAUGCCUGAACACCACGAGGAAGAUAGACAGAAAACGGUCUGUUUACAAACAAUGGAACCCGAUGUCAUUCAUUCAAACAAAACAUCGGAAGAUUGUAAACCACUGUUUAAGGAAAACGAACUCAAUGAAUUAGAGGAAUAUAAUUUUGGACCUAAUUUUAUCAAAUUGCGACCGACUGAUGGUGUUCGGGAACUUCAGACAGUUAUCAGAGACAAGAACACACCAAGAACAGAUUUCAUAUUUUAUGCUGAUCGCUUGAUUCGAUUAAUAGUGGAGGAGGGUCUGAACAAGCUUCCUUACAGAAAAUGCUCAGUCACAACACCUACAGGUCAAGUUUAUAACGGACUUCGUUAUGAAAAAGGAAACUGUGGAGUUAGCAUUGUUAGGAGUGGUGAGGCUAUGGAGCAAGGGUUGCGAGACUGUUGUCGAUCGCUGAGAAUUGGAAAAAUUCUUAUUCAAAGUGAUGAAGACACACAUGAUGCAAAAGUUGUCUAUGCCAAUCUUCCAAAGGACAUUAACCAGCGCAAAGUUCUGCUUAUGUACCCCAUUAUGUGUACUGGAAACACUGUUGCAAAGGCUGUCAAGAUAUUACAACAGAACAAUGUGAAUGAGUCUAAUAUUAUAUUGUUAAAUUUAUUCUGCACACCACAAGCUGCCAAUCAACUGGUGACAGAAUUUCCAGGAAUGACAAUUUUAACCUCAGAGGUUCAUCCUGUGGCCCCAAGUCAUUUCGGGCAAAAAUAUUUUGGAACAGACUAAUAACUAGAGUCAUGAAACUUGUGAACAAAGCUGUUGCAGUAUGUAACUAAGCAUUAUCUAAAAGUCAUAGUUAAUGAAGUAUAUACACCAUAUGGUGAAGCUCUAUAGGUACAGUGAAGAGAGAAGACAAUCACUUUCCUAAUUGUUAGAAUGCUGUAAGGUUUUUGAAAGAUGCUCAUUUUUUUUGUAAUCCCUCCCUUACAAAAGUAAAAGUUGCCUUAAAUAACAGGCCAUAUGUUAUUUGUGUAAACAAUAUUGUUAGUUAUGGGUACUCUGUGGAAUUAGCUGGGUGGUUUUUUUUAUUUUUUUUUUUGUAUGUUGUGAAAUUAAUUAUAGUUUCUUACCUCAUUUAAAAGCAUUUACUUUUUUAAAAUUCCACUAACAACUACCUUCAAUGAAGUCCAAUAGGAAAUAGGUGCCAUUUUAACAGAAAUAGCUAGCCAGGAUAUUUUACUAGCCCAAGUAAAACUUCUUUUUUUUUUAUCUUGCCAGAGGCAGUUUUAAGUCAUCUGGAAACAUCAGACUGGUCAUCGGGAAGGCAUAUCUGUUGGCCUGUAUUCGCUUUUAAAUAUUUCUUUUAUUGAGUUAUUAGAAUUUUUUCUUCAAUUUUAAAUAAAGUGAAGACUUGUUUCGUGUACAUUUUGGCUGUAUAAGUGUUGAAAUUUCUGAGACUACUAUUGUUUUAAAUGAAUUUAUUUAUAAAAAAAACAAAAAGACAUGGCAGUGAAACUGCUGCUUGUGUUCACCAGCUCAACAUCUUGACAUGUUCAGAGAUUCAACAAAGUUUGACUCGUACACUGUAACAAUGAACAGUACAUCAUGUUUUUAUUAAGGAAUUGAUAAAUUGGAUAAGUUGUAGCUUAUUGUUAUUUUGUUGCCAAUAGGAACUCAUGUAGUAUUGAUGUCACAGUGCUGUCCUUGAUUUAUGUUUUCCCAAAAGGAAAGUUUUGGG